AUGUAUCAUCAUCUGGUUACCACCGUUUUGUUAAUGUUAUCAUGGAGUCAUCUGUCCAAUUCUUUAGCUGUUAUGUCAGUUGAUUUGGGAACAGAAUUUGUUAAAAUUGCUAUCGUUAAACCAGGAAUACCCAUGGAAAUUGCGUUAAACAAAGAAAGUCGUCGUAAAACUCACGUUAUUGUUGCUAUUAAAGGUAAAGAUCGUGAAUUUGGCGAUGCAGCUGUAUCAAGAUCAAUGAAAUCUCCUCAAACGUCUUACAUGUAUUUAACAGAAUUAGUUGGUAAAACUAUAGAUAAUCCAGUUAUUGAACAAUUUUUGAAGCGUUUUCCAUAUUAUCAACUUAAAACAGAUCCAUAUUCAAAACAACUUAUAUUUCAGCAUGACAAAAGUACGAAUUAUACUGUUGAAGAGUUAUUAUCAAUGAUUUUGAAAAAAGCCAAAGAAUAUGCAUCGGAUUUUGCUGAACAACCCGUUGAUUCUGCAGUAAUCACCGUUCCAGCCUAUUUCACUCAAAGUGAACGUCGUUCAAUCAAACGUGCAUGUGAUUUAGCACAAAUAAAGUUGUUACAAUUAAUGAAUGACAAUACGGCCGUAGCUCUCAACUACGGUGUAUUUCGCCGUAAAGAUUUUAAUCAAACUGGUUCAACGUACAUGUUCUACGAUAUGGGCUCACAAAGUACAACGGCUACUAUUGUCACAUAUCAAAUAGUAAAAUCAAAAGAAAAUGGGUUUCUUGAAGAUAUACCGCAAUUAACAGUGAAAGGUGUUGGAUUUGAUCGAAAUUUAGGUGGAUUAGAAUUUCAAAUACGUAUUCGAGACUUUCUAGUGAAAAAAUUUCAUGAGCAGCAUAAAAACAAAUAUAAUCUAAUGGAAAAUCCAAGAGCAUUAACAAAAUUGUUUAGAGAAGCUGAACGAGCCAAACAUGUAUUGAGUGCAAAUAUGGAAUAUACAGCUCAGGUAGAAGGUUUAGUUAAUGAUAUUGAUUUUAAACAUAAAAUAUCACGCGAUCAGUUUGAAACGAUAUGUUCGGAUUUAUUUAAAAGAGUGAAAUUACCGAUUGAAGAAGUAUUGAAAACAAGUGGGAUCACACUGGAUGAAAUUCAACAAGUUAUAUUAUUCGGUGGUUCAACUCGUAUUCCAAAAGUUCAAGAUGAAUUAUCGAAAGCUGUUAAACAAAAAGAAUUGGGUAAAAGUAUCAAUACGGAUGAAGCGGCGGCAAUGGGUGCCGUUUAUCAAGCAGCUGCUCUGUCUAAAGGUUAUCGUGUUAAAAAGUUUACUAUUAAAGACUUAAAUCAAUAUCCAAUUAAUGUUCAAUUUGAACGACAUUUAUCCAAUGAUGUUACAGAGUUAUCGUCAAAAUUGGUCGAUCGUACAUUGUUUAAUCGUAAUAAUUUGUAUCCACAACGAAAAGUCAUGACAUUCAACAGACACAUUGACGAUUUUGAUUUUAAAGUACACUAUGGAGAUUUACCAUUUUUAUCACAACAAGAUAAAAAAAUUCUUGAUCAUACAGAUUUGUAUAAAGUAAAUGUGAAAGGCGCUCGACACAUUUAUCAAAAACAUAAAGAUACAGCCGAAUCAAAAGGAGUUAAAGCACAUUUCAGAUUAGAUGAAAAUUGUCUGAUUGUACUCGAUAGAGUUGAAUUUGUUUUUGGAAAAAAAGGAGUAGAAACAACUUCGGACGAAAAAACUGGUGAUGGAGAUCAAGAGAAAUCAACAUUAUCAAAAUUGGGUAAUAAAAUAUCUAGUUUUUUUGGUGGAAAACGCAGUACAUCUGAAGAAGAAAAUGAGUCAGAGCCAAAGCCCACAGAAAACGAGAAUACUGCUAGUGGCUCUAGUGCAGAGGAGAUAAAUGAAUCUUCUACAACAGACAAUACAGCAACAACAACGUUACCCACAUCGUCGACGAAAACACAAGACAAUGAACAUGACAAAGAAGCCGAAAAAGAUAAGGAGGUAUGUUCAGCAACAAAUACUACAGCAACCAAUGGUGAUAAAGCUAGUGGAACAGAAUCUCCUAAUGCUAAAAAUAACACCAUUCAUCUACCAAAAUCAAUUAAUAUAAAUGAACCAUUAGAAUUUACUAUUGAACAAUUGGAUUUCGUAGAUCCAACUCAGGCAAUGAUUGAUUCAUCCAUUAAAAAAUUGAGAGAAUUAGAUGCAAAUGAUCGUUUAAUGCAUGAAUUAGCAACGGCUAAAAAUAAUUUAGAAGCGUUUAUUUAUGAUAUGAAAGACAAAGUAGAAAAUGAUCAACGAUAUAUAAAAUUAUCAACAAAAGAAGACCUAGAAACAAUACAAACAAAACUACAAGAAAUAAGUGAAUGGCUCUGGGAAGGAGAUGGAAUUACAGCCGAUGUUAAAUCCAAGUUAGAUGAAUUGAAAUCAUUGACACGUGCAUUAACAAUUCGGGUUAAAGAACAAGAACUACGUCCAGUAAAAUUAAAAGAAUUAAAGGAAACAUUGAAUUUAACCGAACAUUUUUUGAAAUCAGCAAAGAUGAUGAUUGGAGAAGAUCAACCAUUCACGGAUGUUGAAGUUAAAUCAUUAGAAAAAGUUAUCAAAGAUACACAAACAUGGCGUGAUAGUUUGUUGUUCGAACAAGAACGUACAAAACCGACGGAUACGCCAAAAUAUUUAUCAUCAGAUAUUGAAAAUAAAAUUGUUAAUUUAAAACGUGAAGUCAGUUAUUUACUUAAUAAAGCUCAACGUUUUGUACCAAAACCAAAAUCUACGCCGAAACCACCGACAAGUUCAACAUCAAAAAAAACAACAGAUGCUAACAAAACAGAUGAUAGUGAUAAAAAAUCAACUGACACAAAACAGUCUACAGAUGGCAUGGAUGAAUUGAAAAAAGAAGCGGAUAAUAUCGAAAAAUUAUUUGAACAACAAAGAGCGGAAACAAUGAAAGAUAAUGAUGAUAUUGUUAAACAAUCAAAAAGGCCAAAAAAUGACAAGGAAGAUAUUGAAGCAGUCACAACUGACGAUUUGAAACGUGAACGUGAAUCAUUGUGGUCUAGUUUACGUGAGAUUGAUACUCGUUUAAAAAACAACUAUGUCCCGCCUCAUUUUCGUAUUACUACUUCGGCGUCUUCAAAUAAUCGAACGUUUUCAACAAACGGUACCAAUACUCCCCAAUCAUAUACAACAAAACGUUUUCGAUUAGCGACGAACGCCGAUUCAUCAUCUACUCUACUUCUCGAUCAUUCUGUUAUUCCAGAUGAAGGGGAAAAUAAUUCAAAUUUUGAUCACCAAAAUAAUAAACAAUCACCAACAUCAGCGAAAUAUCUUCACUCGUCAAUUGUUCCAACAAAUAAAAUAAUAAAAACAAAAGAUGAUCUUAUUUCAUUGGUUAAUAGAGAUAGUGAAUCAACAAGGCGAAAUAGACGUAUGUUUGGUGUGUUAUUAGGUACAUUGAAUAAAUUUAAACAAGAAAAUCAAUUGUACAAUGAACAACAACAAGGUAUUAAACGUCAUGAAAUUGAAAAGCGUCUAGAACUGAAACAAUUAGAAGAAAAAGAAGUAGCACAAAAAGAACGUCAAGAUUUAUUAAUAAAAAAACGUUCAUAUCAACAAAAACUGCGUGAAUUAGAUACGAAAUUAAAUUUAAUUGAAAGAAUAGCCGUGUAUGAAAAAUCACAAGAAAAUUUAAAAUAUUUUAUCCCAACAAAAACAGAACCUCAGCUAUUUUAUUUACCAAAACGAACAGAUUUAGACGUUAUUCAACAAAAAUUAAGUGAACAAAAACAAACAAUUGAACAAAAGAUUCUAGAUUAUAAAACAAGUAUUCAAAAAGAAUUAGAUGACUUGGCUAUGUAUGUGCUACAUUUAAUUUUAGAAAAACCGGUUGACGAACAAGAUCAACAAUUCACCACAACAAGAAAACGUUCAAUAAGUGAAACGGAUGAUGUUGUCGAUGAAAGUUUAGAUGAUACAUUUUUAGAAGCCGAACUCACUUUACCAACUGUUAAAAGUCAAAUUGUAUUAACAGGAAAUGAUGAAGAAGAAGAAGAAUCAGUAACUGUCCCAGACAUUGAAUCAGAAAUGAAUGCUCAACAACCCAGACGUAUUGUCACAACAGAAGAUGAGCAAGGUGAAGAGAAUACAGCGAAUGGUGAAAUUGAACAUGAUCCAAAAUUAACAUCGAGAACUGUUAUUUAUGAUGAAGAAGAAGACGAUACCUCCAUUAGCACCCAAGAUAAUUCAUUGAAUAAUACAACCAUUACUACUACAACAACAAUAGCAACGAUGGAAACUAGUUCAGAGGAGAUGAUUUAA